UGCGCCAUCAUUGCGGGCCUAGGAAUCAGCGAGUGUCGGCGGAACAAGUUGUUCCUCGGCUCUCCUUACGGGCCAGUGUCGUUCGUUUUCCUUAAAAAGCCCACUUCGAACGGCAGCAGCACCGGUUUAGAUGUAUUUGUAAGCUGCGUGCAGGUGCACACUGUCUCCAAGGACCAGCGGUGAAGUUUGUUGUCAUGGCGUCUCCUCAAGGAGGAGGAGCUUUGUCCACAAGAGGAGGCAGCGGAGCCCGAAGGAUGAAGUGGGCCCUUGAGCUCAGUGUGGGAAACACAAGGAGCCGCAGUGACCGACAAGGCGGUCAGGGCGAUGUCGUUUACCCCAUCGGCUACUCGGAGAAACCCGUUCCCGACACCAGCAUCCAGGAGACCGACAAGAACCUGGUGGAGAAGCGCUGCUGGGACGUGGCCCUCGGGCCCCUUAAGCAGAUUCCCAUGAACCUGUUCAUCAUGUACAUGUCUGGCAACACCAUCUCCAUCUUCCCCAUCAUGAUGGUCUGCAUGAUGGCCUGGAGGCCCAUACAGGCUCUCAUGUCGAUGUCAGCGACCUUCAAGCUGUUGGAGAGCUCCAGUCAGCAGUGGCUACAGGGGCUCGUCUACCUGAUCGGUAACCUCCUAGGAGCGGCGUUGGCCAUUUAUAAGUGUCAGUCGAUGGGGCUGCUUCCGACACACUCGUCCGAUUGGCUGGCUUUCAUAGAGCCGCCGCAGAGGCUGGAGAUCAUGAGCGGAGGGAUGGUGCUGUGAAGCGGACUUCCGCUGAGGUCACAUACUGUACAUACUCCACUCUUCUUCUUCUUCUUCUUCUUUUUCUUGCCACACCACCAGGCAGCCCAUCUCAAAAGCCUGACUUUUAGCCAUUUCCAGACGCAAUCAGGAUCCAGACUCGGCCACCUCAGCUAAAACAGACAUGUUUUACUAAAGCAAGGUGUACAGCACAGCUUAACAUCAGGGAUUUAUCCACCAUGUUCUCCAUCAUCCCCCUCUCUCUUCUGGGUUUGUUGCUGAAGCGUUACUUUGGUCUUCCUCUCUGGCGAUAAGCAAGCAUCCUUUUCUUUUUUUUUUUUUUUAAAUACUCUCAUAAAGAUAGCAGAUAAUGUUGUUGACUACUGUUCGGCUACUGUAAUUUUCUGUGCAGAUAAAAGUUGACUUCGCAGUAGAUUAUUAAUGGGAGAAUUUCACAGCUCACAGAACUCAGACCAUAACAUCACUAAUAAAAAUCAUUUCGUCCUUAGAAUUCCUGAAAUUGUUGGGCAGAGUCUGCAAAAAUGUUUAGCUUAAUUUUUUUUUUUUUCUUCAAAAAAACACACAAAAAAAUUGGUACAGUUCAAUCACGUUUUUUAUUUUUUUUUUAAAUUGUAUAUUCAGUUUGUAGUGAAAUAAUUCAAUAUGUCAACACAACUUCAACCCUCUGCCCAGCAACAUUAACUCAGUUUUAAUUUAUAGGUCUGUUUAAUUUAUGCUGAUUUGCCUAUGAAAAUGUUCUAUAAAUAAAUCCUUAUUGCUUGAAAUAGAAUGUUUUCAACUGUGUCAAUAAAUAUAUCGGAGGAAAAACGAG